AGGCAAAAGCAGAGGAAAGCUGUCAAACUCUCUCACCUUUCUUUUAAAAGCCAAUCCAAAACACACAUCAAAAACCCAAAAACACACAAUUUCAGCAAGAGAGCAGAGCAGAGCACAUGAUCUAAGCAACAAACAGUCAAAAGAUGAAGGGAAGGGAAGCCAAAGGAGCACUCUCAGCUGAUCUCUUGGUAUGUUUUCCUUCAAGAACCAAUCUAAAACUCAUGCCAAAGCCAAUUUGCAGUCCCGCGAGGCCCUCGGAGCCCAACAACCGCCACCACCACCAUCCCCACCACCACCAACAGCUCGUGAAAAAAUCGAGCAUUGGGAAAAGUGGUCUUGGCCACGCCAGUCCUCUGCUGUGGAAAAAGACUAAGCACGCGGACCCAGAGAACUCCGAGCCCACCUCCCCAAAAGUCACCUGUGCCGGACAAAUCAAAGUCCGGCACAGGUCUGGCUCAUGCAAAAGCUGGCAAACAGUGAUGGAAGAGAUAGAGAGAAUUCACAACAAAAAACAGAGGAAACAGAAGAGGCCCAAUUGGGCUGAGGCUCUUGGGUUCAAGAAAGAAGUCAUGCAAUUCUUGACUUGCUUGCGAAGCAUGAGGUUCGAUUUUCGGUGUUUCGGUUCUUUUCCUCACGAAUCCGGUAUUACUUCCGAGGACGAAGAAGAGGAGGAAGAAGAGAACAUAGACCGUCGAGAAAACCAUGUGGGUGGUGAGGGAAUUAGUGACGGUGGUGACCAGAGUAGCUCAAGCACUGUGUUUUCGAAGUGGUUUAUGGUUUUACAGGAAAAUCAGAGUAAUGGGUUUUGUAAAGAGGACAAGAAAAAGAGAAACUGUACGCCAAAUUUCGAUGAUGAUGUCGGAAUUGGAUCAACUUCCGAAGCUCCGGCAGCGGCCGUUCCGCCGCCGAAUGCUCUGUUGCUAAUGAGGUGCAGGUCCGCCCCUACAAAAACAUGGCUGGAAGAGAAAGAAGAAAAAGAUGACGAGGAGGAGGAGGACGACGACGAAGAUGAAGAGAAAGAAGGAGAAAAUGGAAUGGAGAAAGAGGAGAAAAAAGCAAAAGUUACGCUGAGGAGUUUAAUCGAGGAAGACAAGCAGAACAAAAAGAUGGAGAAGUUGGUGGUGAUGGCAUAUGAUUCUGAUUUCUACAACAUUUCAUCAGACAUUGCAAAGGAGACGUGGGUUGUUGGUGGAUUGAAGGAAGCAAUUUCCAGGAGUCGAAGUUGGAAGAGAUGAUGUUUUUUUUUUUUUUAAUUUUUAAUCUCCUGCUUUGAUUUGUUUUUAAGUUUAUUUUUGUGAGCUGUUUUGUCCACUGAAUUAUUCAGUGGGAAACUGGUCAAUCCAAAGCUCCUUUAGUAUUACUUUUGCUUCAUUCUUGUUGUUCUAGAGUAGUACAUGUCCAGCUUUUCUCUUUCUUUUUUGCUGCAAAAGGGUUUUGCCAGAAUUUUACAUUUUCGUCAUGUAUAUCUUUUGCUUCAGAAAUUAGAAAUAGAAACUAUUUGUGAUU